AUGGAUGAGGCCGCCGCGGGAUGGGGUCAAACUGAACACGGACGGAUGCUCAAGAGGCAACCCUGGGAGGGUAGGAGGAGGGGGGUCUUGCGCGAUGAUACGGGACAGCUAUUGCUUGCUUUCUCCACAUCUUUUGGCAGCUGUACUAGCAUCCAGGCUGAGGCGAGGGCCCUUCUCUUCGGGGUUAAUUUGUGCCUUUCCCACGGAUAUGCGCGUGUGCAUGUUGAGGUGGAUUCAUUGGUGUUGGUUCAAAUAUUGAAACAGGCAUCUCGGUGCCCGUGGGGUAUUCACACAGAGUUUCGUAAUCUCCUCCAGCUUUCAUCCUAUUUCAUCAGUAUUUCCCACUGUUUCAGAGAAGGUAAUCAAGUGGCCGAUUGCUUAUCAAGUGUUGGUUGCAAUGAUGGGAGUGACAGAGUCUAUUAUCAGUUUGCAGAUCUCCCUGCUAGAGCCCGAGGGGCACUUAGAUUGGAUAGGAUUGGUCUCCCUUCCAUUAGAAAAUGCUAG